AUGAUGAAUUUAAUCUGAACGUUAGAUGAAAAUUAGGUAAUUUAUUUUUGAAGCUAAUUGUAAGUACGAAAGAUUUGGGCAUUAAGGAUUAGUUUGUAAUUUACGCAGAUGGCACUAGCGUGUGGAAGGCUUUGUAAUGCCAUCAGUUAGCAGCUCUUAGCACUCCAUCAGCAGUUGCACGCUGGCUGGACACUGACAAGUGAUGUAUACAUAUACUACCCAAUAUUAAACGACCGAUUCACCCAUUUGCCGCGAGUUAAUUUUUUUAAAUUACUUCAAUUAAAGUCUUUUAAAUGUUUGGAUCACAGAAACCUUGGGUCGAAUGAAAAUCAAUGGUCAUGAUGUGAUGAUCGUUCUUCAGUUCAUAGUUAAAACUAUUGAGUACAGAAAUUGUGUCACUUAUAAGCGAAUUGCUGUAACUAGUAUUGUUACUAACAAUUAUAAUUCAGAUAACAAUGAAAUCGAUGAUAAGCGACAAACGUGGAAUAAAAUUUCAGGUUGUUGUAAUAUAAAGUGUGAUGCCCAGUGUUCUGGAAUGGCUCAACUAUGGAUAGGAUUUCUCAUUAUUGCUGUUUGUACAUCAAUGAUGUUUUAUUUCUAUCUUUUUACAAAUGUUACAGAAACCAGAAGCUCCAGGAAAUUGCUCCUAGCUGAUAUCCAAUCUGAAAGAUUGUACUCGAAUGUUAAGGUGCCACUAAAUUCUACAGAAGUUUUGAUGCUUAGUGGUCUAUUUGAAUCCACUGGCAUGUCUGAGACGGAAUGUAGCUUUGUCCACAUCGCGAUGGUUUGUGCAGGAUAUAAUUCAACUCUUCCUACUGUUACUGUGAUCAAAUCGAUCCUUUUCCACAGAAGGAAUCCUAUUCAUUUUCAUUUGCUAGUAGAUGAUGUGGCUAACACGACGCUCUAUACACUAUUUCAGUCUUGGGACUUGCCAAAUGUACGUUUGACAUAUUACAAGUCUGUAGAAUGGGUCCCACGCGUUGCUUGGAUACCUAAUAAACAUUACUCAGGAGUAUAUGGUCUUCUGAAACUAGUUCUGCCUGAGCUAGUGAAAGAACAAAAGGUCAUAGUGCUUGACACAGAUGUUACAGUACUGACCAAUAUUGGAAGGCUAUGGAAAUUAUUCGCUAAUUUUGGAGCUGAUCAAGUUAUGGGAUUAGUAGAAAACCAAAGUGAUUGGUAUUUAAAACCUUCAUUGAACAGUCCUUUUCCAUGGCCUGCUUUAGGCCGAGGUUUCAAUACAGGAGUUAUGCUCAUGCAUCUGAAACGUCUGAGGAGUAUUAGGUUUCUUCAAACAUGGACCAAUAUUACACAAGCUACCUUAGAAAUAAUUUCGGAAACAAGACUUGCAGAUCAGGAUAUUAUUAAUGCUGUGAUCGAGAGAUACCCGCAUUUAGUUUAUAAUAUUGAAUGUACAUGGAACGUUCAGCUCAGUGUAAACACCUUGAGUGAAGAUUGUUAUACAAGUACAAACCAGAUAAAUAUCAUCCAUUGGAACUCUCCAAGAAAACAGGACGUUAGUAAUAAACAUAUCGACGAUUUCCGAAAGGCUUAUCAAAUUUUUUUAGAACUCGAUGGAAACUUAUUGAGAAGACAGUUGUUCGCUUGCAACAAGCCUAGAGUUGUCCUCCCAGGCCUAUCAAGCGUCCAGAGUCCAUGUCAAAAGUUUGCUAAAAGUUCAGAGAUGAAGUAUCGCACGCAUCUGUUUCUUCUCGAAUAUGAAAACAAUUUUUUAUCAAUCCCCGAUGUAACCUUGGUUACUCAAUGUAGCGCGGACAGAUUGUCGCUCUUGGAGGAUUUGUGCAAAAAGUGGCCUGGAUCGAUUUCAGUCGCUUUGUACUUUACAGACGCUGAUACGCACAAUUUUAUUAACUUUGUACGUGCUUCGUCAGAGCUUAAAAAGAGGAGGAACAUCGCUUAUCAUGUUGUCUAUAAAGAAGGGGAAUUUUACCCUGUUAAUUAUUUGCGCAACGUAGGAAUGUCCCACUUAAUUACGACCCACAUUUUACAAUUGGACAUCGAUUUUAUACCGUCUGAUGGUCUGCACGACACACUUCUGGCAAACAUUGUCACGUUGCAAUUGAAAGUGGAUAGUAAAGUUGCGCUGAUAGUUCCAGCCUUUGAGACAGAAAGAUAUAGGUUCAACUUUCCCACCAGCAAAAAGGCUCUAGUAAAGUCUCUCAACAGGGGUGUAUUUUACACAUUCCGAUAUCACAUUUGGUCGCAAGGUCAUGCUGCUACAAACUACACUUACUGGUGUAAAGCCACUGAGCCAUAUGAGGUUGAAUGGGAACCAGACUUCGAACCUUAUGUAGUGGUUCCGAGUUCGGCUCCGUCCUAUGAUACGAGAUUCGUUGGUUUUGGUUGGAAUAAAGUCUCACAUAUCGCGCAUUUAGCUGCUAUGGGUUACAGAUUCGUGGUGUUGCCCGAUGGCUUUAUCAUCCAUCGUCCUCAUGCACCGAGUCUUGAUAUUAUAAAAUUUCGUCAGGAUUCAUUAUACAGGAGGUGUUUGAAGAGACUAAAAGAUACAUUUGUUCAAGAACUGUGGACCAAGUAUGGAGAUAGCGCUGUCUAUAAUUUAAAAAAGUAUUCCCGUAGCCGGGUCUCAAAGUUACGCGAUUCGGACUACAAAGAAAAAACAUGAUAAGUUACGCCGAAAAUCACUCUGGUGAGCAAUGGUAGAUGCUGGAACGAGGCCGCGUAGAGAGAACAAGAAAAGGAAAGGACGAUGUAAAGGGAUCAUAAAUUACUUGUUUGAGAAUUGAUAAGAUAAAAAUAGGAAUGACGUAUAGAACUGUACACUCAAAAAAAUCUGCAAACGUGAAACCAUCGUAUAUCUCCGAUACGUUAUAUACUAUAUGAUCUAUAUUAUCGAAUAACGAUCUGUAACACGAAAAACACGGAACGUGAAGCGUCAGAUUGAUUCUAUCGCGCUUUUGCAUGAUAAUACCAUGCUGCAUACGCGUACCACCCGUGGUAUAACUUUAAUAAAUUUCGCACAUAAAGGUAAAAAUAAUAAGAUCGAUGUCAGCCGAAAGCUCAAAUAAUCAUGGUGAUAACGAAAUAGUAUAGGUAAACACAGUCCAGAAAUAUUAUUUCUAGGUGUAUAGUCGCUUUGACACGAUUGUAAAAUUUAUGCCUUCAUGUUUAAGUAUUCAAAAUUCAUAGGCUAUAUCAAAAUGCAGUUACAUAAAGUGGGGAUAAACUGGGAUUUCAGUAGAAUCAUUUCCAAGCAGAUAUAGUUUCGGGUUGAUCAACGGAGGUAAUCCUGAUCUUGAAUUAUCUACGACGAAUUUACUCCGGCUAUACCAUAGGCAUACUAGGUAUGCGUCACUAUACGUCUGUAACGACGCCUCAGGGACUUUAUGGAUAGGGUGGUGCUCCAAAGUUGAACAAUUAAAUUACUAAUGGUAUCAUCGAUAGCUGCUGAUAUGCAUAAUAGAUCCGCGUACCACUUGCUGAAUCCAUCCGCAUUCGAACGCUAAUUAUUCACUUCGUCGGGUUUAGUCAAUUGCAAUAAACUAAACUCACCAUAUUUCCCUACCCCCAAAGGGUGCAGCGCUGAAUUCUGUAGUGCCGAAUCAAAACCUGCAGCGGUUUAUUUAUUCAUCUAUUUGACACAUCUUAUUAGACCUUGUAAUUUGAAUGAAAGGCUGACAAUGAGUGCAGACACGAUCAUAUUCAGUUCAAAAUAAUGAUCGAGAUAAUAAUAUUACAGUAGAAAAUUCGAAGUAGAGAAUAUAGGCCUUGAGGUAUUGAAAGAAGAAAACAUGUGCAUAAAUGCUUGAACAUUUACAUGAUGAUAUUCUUCACUGCACCUCGUUCCUCGCGAAACCAAAAUUUUGGGACCAAAGUUACAAGUAUACAUUUGUCUAUAAUACGGGUACGCAUAAGAAUUAUUAAUAUCUAUAUAACUUCGAGUAGGAUUGUUCGGAAUAUUUAUUAAAUUCAGCCCACUUUGGAGUGUACAGAGCAACAAUUUCUUUUCUUGCUUGUUUAAUAUCAUAUUCACACUAGUAUUAUUCAUAUUACUAUUAAUAUAAUUAUUAAUAUUAUUCUCAUUUACAAAAUAUUUAUAAUAUUUACAUACCUCAUAUAGCAUAUUUAUAGAUCUACGAUUACAUUAUCCUUCAUACAAAUUAAUAUUGUUACUAUUAUAGUUAUUAUUAUUAUGAUUAUUUCUUAUUAAUAAAUAUACGCGUAACGCUCAAUUCAAACAUUUAUCAUGAGGUAAGCUUUGAUUUAUACGUAAUAAGUAUUUUUUUUUUCACCUAGACGAAAGUCAUCGUACCGUUCAAUUCUUGAACUAUGCGUAUCAAUGAUGAUAACGAUUUAAUAGUAGUAAUAAUUCAGCGGCAUUAUAUCAUUGAACAGUAAGCAAUAGUACUCUAUAUUCGGUUUAUACGUAUACGUACCUAGUAAUAAGUGUUAUUAUACAUUGUAUUUUUUGUAAUAUCUACUUCGACAUUCUUAUACCUUGCAAAUACAGAAUUUUCAUAUACAGAACUUAA